CUAACCAAGGCUAAUCUCCGUUAGAAUGCCCCCACGAACCCGCAGAGAGAAGCUUCCCGACACCGCCGACGGUCUCCCACGCUCUGCUACCACCGCAAGCCCCUGCCUGACACGCCACGCCGCGAGCCCGCACGCUGGAAAAGCGGGCAACAGCUGAGGUAAGGGGAAAGGCAGCAGCUUCAGGCGCCGCAGUGCGCAGGCGCUUGCGCCUAAUGCGCAGGCGCCGCCUAGAAGUGACUUCUCCAAAAAGUGUCUUAGUUCUCGGUCACCUGAGCCCCGGGCGACUCCGCUGCGGUAGGCUUCGCGAAUACCAGCCUUCCGCGGGUCCUGUCUGGAGACCCCGCCCUCUUCUCUUGCCCUUCGCUCCGCCACACCAAACCCAGUUAGGGCCUGUUCUUUCCCUCCUGUGCUUUCCCAGCCGGGGUCGGACCGGACCGGGCCGAGCCGGGCAGCCCAGACGCGGUCCCUGACCAUGGCGUCACUCUUCAAGAAGAAAACCGUGGAUGAUGUAAUAAAGGAACAGAAUCGAGAAUUACGAGGUACACAGAGGGCUAUAAUCAGAGAUCGAGCAGCUUUAGAGAAACAAGAAAAACAGCUGGAGUUAGAAAUUAAGAAAAUGGCUAAGAUUGGUAAUAAAGAAGCUUGCAGAGUUUUAGCCAAACAGCUUGUACAUCUACGGAAACAAAAAACAAGAACUUUUGCUGUAAGUUCAAAAGUCACUUCUAUGUCGACACAAACGAAAGUGAUGAAUUCCCAGAUGAAGAUGGCAGGAGCAAUGUCUACUACAGCAAAAACAAUGCAGGCAGUUAACAAGAAGAUGGAUCCACAAAAGACAUUACAAACAAUGCAGAAUUUCCAGAAGGAAAACAUGAAAAUGGAAAUGACUGAAGAAAUGAUCAAUGACACACUUGAUGACAUCUUUGAUGGCUCUGAUGAUGAAGAAGAAAGCCAAGAUAUUGUAAAUCAAGUUCUUGAUGAAAUUGGAAUUGAAAUCUCUGGAAAGAUGGCCAAAGCUCCAUCAGCUGCCCGAAGCUUACCAUCUGCCUCUACUUCAAAGGCUACAAUCUCCGAUGAAGAGAUUGAACGGCAACUCAAAGCUUUAGGAGUAGAUUAGUCAGAAAAACCAUAAUAUUUUGCUUACUUAUAAUUAUUUAGUAUAAACCAGGCACAGUACAGAUUCCUUUUACAAAACACAUUUAUUUGCAAAAAUGAAGACCAUGGAGCAAACAGUUGUUUUCUAACCCAUGACUAUUUUGAAUCUUUUACCAAAGAAUGACAAGGAUGCAAAAAUGGGAACAGUUUGGAUUUUAAUUAGAACUCUUUAGAAGUGAUGAUGUGUAAAAUGUUUGACUUCUCUUCUGCAUGGCAUAGAGAAAUUAUAUUCGUUACUUAGUGUUUAUGUUCUGUCUUUUUGCAGUGAAUACAAAAAUCUUGUUAAAAGCCACUAGGCACCAACUAAAGAGACAUGUAAAAAUAUUAGAAAUAUAUCAUUAAUUCUGUAUCUGUUGCUUGUCCUUUGUUAGCGAUAUGUAGUAUGGCCAUAGGCAGUUCAGCUGCCAAAUUAUUUUUAAAUGAUCCAAAAGAAGAGUGCUGUUUAAACAUCUGUCCUAAAAACAGUCAUGAGCUUUUCUUUUCUUUUUUUUCCUUUGGGAGAACAUUCUAGUUGGUAAGUUUAUUACCUUUCAAAAUGUGCUUGGCACUUGCCUUAAACAGCACAAAUAUAUUGUGCACAUCUUUAAGUUAUUUUAAUGGACAGAAAAGACUUAAAUUUUAAACCGAAAUUAAGGCCUCUUAGAAAACUUAUCCUGGCUCUCUUUUAUAAAGCUUAUGAAAGUGAAUUGAAUGAAUUAGCAAAAACAGGCACUGAAUUAAUAACAUUUUAUAGUAAUAAAACUGUAUUUUGGUCUUUCUUCCAAGAACUGAGAAAACUUUCCCCAUAUAAGAUAUAAUUUAAUCUCUGUUUAAUUUUGAUCAAUAAUGUGUAUAUUGAACCCUCUGAAUGGAAGCCAUCCUUUUUAAUUUAACACUACUAUGACAUUACUAUGACAAUACUUGACUUAAAUUUUAAAAUAAAAAAUAGCAUUUUUUUUCUUGGUAAAUAAACUACAACUUUGUCAGAAAUUAUUGCCUAAAUGUGUAUUAAUGUAUUAGCAGUAUUUUUUAAGGUGAAGUUGCUAUGGUAUUUAAUGUAUGUAUAGGAAGUGAGAAAAAAGAAAAUGGCAGAUUAGUUAGGGAUAGAAUUUAGGAUUAGAUUUGUUUAAAAAAGUCACAUUGUAAUAUAUGGGUUCUAGCAUAAAAACUGUAGAGAUCAGAUAGGUGUAAACUUGGUCAGCUAAUGAGGAUGGACAUUUUGGUCUAAUAUCGACAAUGUAAAUCCCAUUUUAUGACAGGGUCUACAUGUGGCAUAUGGAUUGGUGGGAAGAAUGUAAAGUUUAUAUUGUUUAUAAUUCAUAAACCAUUGUAUGAUGUUUAAAGAUCAGGUCGCAUUAUUGGUAGUAUUAAAUAGUUUCCCUGACCAUUGAUGGGUCAAAACAUUUUACUGGAUUAUAGAAUGUUAAGCCAGAAUUUGUUUUGAUUCUUGGAUGUACUUAAUGAUGCCAACUAACUUUAUUUACUUUCUUGUUUACAUGCAGGGGCUUUUGUUUUUAAAAAUUAUUUUGUUAAAAAAAAUUCCAAUAAAGAUUUAUUGCUAUUA